AUGAGUUCACAAGUAUUGCCCAAGAAAAGGGGAAUACAAACGAAUGGAAAUGGUAGAACUCCUUCUGGUAGGGUUAGUUCUCUACAUGAUCUUUCUCAUAAAGGUAGAGUUAUCUCUGGGAGAGCUCUAUCGAAAUCAAAACGAGUGCCUUCGAACAGCAGACAUGUCAGUCGAGGAGAUCUUUUUGUGGGAAGAGGUGAGGAUGCAAACGGCUCUUUUUCAGAAGAAAAUGCUAUUCAUUUCGAUGAAAAUAAAAAUACAAUUUUGUCCAAUUUUGAAGAGUGGAUAAAACUAUCGACAGACAAUAAGAUCACAUCGAAAAAUUCAUGGCAAUUUGCCUUGAUUGAUUACUUUCAUGAUUUGAAUGUUAUCAAAGACGGAGAAAAUAUUAAUUUCCAGAGGGCAUCUGCGACAUUGGAUGGGUGUGUGAAGAUUUACCUGAGUAGAGUGGAGUCAGCAGCCACCGAAACAGGCCGGUUGUUGAGUGGAUUAGCCACCAAGAAGGGUCAAGACGCGAAUGACAAUCGAGAAGGUGAUGAAGAUCAACUCAGCGAGUCAGAGGAAGCAAACGAUUCCCAAAUGGGCAUUGGAGAUGCUAAAAGGAAGAGAAAAAUAAAUAGAGUUCUUGAGUCUACUUUGGUACCGUUCGAAACAAUAAGAAUUAGAAAAUUGGACCAGGAAUUAGCGAUUGAUCCAUUAUUCAAAAAGGCGUUGGCAGAAUUUGAUGAAGGUGGGGCUAAAAGUUUAUUACUAAAUACGUUAAAUAUCGAUUCUUAUGGCAGAGUUGUGUUUGAUGCUACGUCCAAUCCUAUUAAAGAUGAAUCUGAACCAAGCCCGGAAUCGCAGGAGAAGCCACAAGAAAAUGAAAUAGAACCAGAUAUCUCUACAUUGCAGGAUUUUAUAUUCAAGAAUCCCGAAGAGCUAGAUGAUUUAACCAUUUGCCCAUCAUUGGAUCAAUUAGACGUCGUCCUUGCAGAUGUCAAUAAGGCCAAGACUAUACUAAGUGAUGUAAAUAACAAGUUUCUGCUUGAUGAGCAAAAUGAUGAUGAUUUUUCUAACAAAAAUAGAGUGGAUGAUGUGGUAGGUUUAGAAUUUCCUAAUUAUGAUGAUGAUGACUUUGGCGACAUAAAUGAGGGCCAGUUUGAUGAUGAAAAUAUUGAGCAACAAGAUAACGAAUUUAAUGAAUCCAUAACAGAUCAGAUGGCAGGGAACACGGGAAACGCCAUGACUUCAGCCGCAAGUGCAAAACUUCUUGACGUUGACCUUAUGGCGUAUUUCGACGAAAGAAUGAAAACCAAUUGGAGAGGACCAGAGCAUUGGCGUGUCGCAGCCAUUAAAAAAUCAAAACGAGUAGAAGAUUCGUCUAUCAAGAAGGAACCCACUGUUUCAGAACCUUCGCAAGCACAGAAGAAGAAGCAAUCUACAGUCAUUAACUUUUUUGAUGAUGAUGAAGACGAUAUUGAAGAUAAAUUAUUUGAGACUCCUAAAAACUCAUUAUCAACUACCCGAAAGCCCGAAGGAAGAACGAAUGAAAAUGCAAACAGACUUCCCGAAGAUAUCCAAUAUAAUUCAGUCAGACUUACGAACUUAUUUAUGAAACCUCAGACUUCAAUUUUAUAUUUCCCAAAGAAGGAUAUUCUGUCUACACCAAAUCAUUCGAAACCGCUUACUGACGAAAACUUCUUUGCAAAUCAGUAUAAUCAAAACCAAGAGAAUGAUAGAAUGUCAACAUCUAUGCGUCAAGCUGAACUUGAAGACCUUGACGAUUUUGGAAACGACGAUGAUUUCGGAGGCAUAGAUUUUAACGACGCUUUGGAAGGAGGUACACUUUUGAAUGGAGCCGAUUCUGACAAAACUGGAGGAAUGGCUGGCUCUACACAAUUGAUUACUGGCGGUAGAAAAGUCCGACCAGAGUACGUUAAUUUCUCAAGGAUGGCAAAACGAGUAGACGUUAAACUCUUGAAGGAUAAUUUAUGGAAUAGCUUGAAGCCAAAGAAUCCACCUCAAACAAUGAAACCCAAGGAAGAACCACUGUCUCCUUCCCCAGAUGCGAAAACAUUUGGUGAAGUAGUAACUACUGUUGGCAAGUUAUACGGAGCGGAUGAGAAAAAAGAUUUAUCUACAAGUUUUUGUUUUAUUUGCUUACUUCAUUUAGCAAAUGAGCAUGGAUUUGAUAUAGCACCAAACGAGGCUCACGAUGACUUAGCAAUUACUGGUAUAUAG